CUAGAAGUCAGUGGUGGGUGUUCAAUUCCAUCAUUUUUUAAAUAUAUAUAUAUAUUUCUUUUUAAUACUAGGCACAUUAUAAUAUUAUACGAUUAAUUUGUACGGUUUCGUGAAUCAUAGAGGAGCCGAGAGAGUUUUAUUGCGGAUUUUUCGGCGGACUUGAGUGGCGGCGGACACGGACUGAUGGCGGUCACCGUCGAGGAUCUCUAUCGGAACUACGGGAUCCUUGCUGACGCGAAGGACAACCUCAGUCAGCACAAAGAUGCAUAUCAAGUAAUCCUGGAUGGUGUGAAGAGUGGUCCUAAGGAGAAGCGCCUGGCAGCCCAGUUUAUUCCCAAAUUCUUUAGCAGCUUCCCAGAGCUGGCCGAUGCUGCUAUUAAUGCCCAGCUUGAUCUUUGUGAGGAUGAUGACGUUUCAAUUCGACGACAAGCCAUCAAGGAGCUUCCACGCUUUGCAACUGGAGAGAACAUCCUCAGGGUUGCAGAUAUUCUCACUCAGCUUCUCCAGACAGAUGAUACAGCAGAAUUCAAUCAAGUGAAUGCAGCACUUAUUUCCAUCUUCAAAGUAGAUGCAAAGGGAACUCUUGGAGGACUAUUCUCUCAGAUCCUGCAGGGGGAAGACAUUGUGCGGGAAAGGGCAAUCAAAUUUCUUUCAGGCAAACUGAAAACUCUUCCAGAGGAUAUUCUGACUAAGGAGGUGGAGGAGUACAUCUUUGCUGAGUCAAAGAAGGUGCUGGAGGAUGUGACGGGUGAGGAGUUUGUGCUGCUGAUGAGAAUGGUGUCAGGGCUGCGAGUUCUGCAGACAGUAAAUGGGCGCCAGCAGUUGGUGGAGCUUGUGGUGGAGCAGGCCUUUCUAGAGCAAGCCCUCAACCCAGCUGACCCUGACAUCGUAGAUCGUCUGCUGCAGUGCACACGUCAGGCCCUCCCCCUCUUCUCUAAAAAUGUCCAUUCCACACGUUUUGUGACGUACUUCUGUGAACACGUCCUGCCCAACCUCAGCACACUUACGAGCCCUGUGGCUGAAUUGGAUAUUCAGUUGGAGGUGCUGAAGCUGCUGGCUGAGAUGAGUCCAUUCUGUGGAGACAUGGAGAAGCUGGAGGCCAACCUGAACAUGAUUUUUACAAAGCUACUGGAGUUUAUGCCUCUGCCUCCAGAAGAGACUGAGAAUGGAGAGAACUCUGCAAAUGAGGAGCCCAAGUUGCAGUUCAGCUAUGUGGAGUGUCUUCUCUACAGCUUCCAUCAGCUGGGCAAGAAACUGCCUGACUUCCUCCUUGACAAGGUUGAUGCAGAACGCCUCAAAGAUUUUAAAAUCAGGUUGCAGUUUUUCGCAAGAGGCCUGCAGGUUUACAUCAGACAGCUCCGAGUAGCACUGCAAGGCAAGACAGGGGAUGCUCUGAAGACAGAAGAGAACAAGAUCAAAGUGGUGGCCCUAAAGAUCACAAACAAUAUCAAUGUCCUUAUCAAGGAUCUUUUCCACAACCCUCCAUCAUAUAAGAGCACAGUUACUCUGUCCUGGAAGCCCGUCCAAAAAGCUGAGGCUGUAGCAUCCAAACGUUCUUCAGGUGAGGAUGCGGGCUCCGUUGGCACCGUGAAGAAACAGAUCUCUCAUCAGCCUCGGAGGGACGCACGGCAAAUCUAUAAUCCCCCCAGUGGCAAGUACAGUGCCACCAUCGGUAAUUUUAACUAUGAGCAGCGUGGCGGCUUUAGGGGAGGUCGAGGACGAGGCUUCAGCGCCAGAGGAAGCAGGAGUCGAGGACGCCUCUACUAAGAUGCAUGCACGUGCACACACUGCACACACUCAUUGAACUGCAUCUCAUUAGGAGUCUCACCGAACCUGAUGGACUGUCACCUGUUGUUUUUAAGUGAUUUUUUUUUUUUUUUUUUUUUUUUUUUCCUUUUUCCAAAGUCAGAUGUUUUGUGUUUUUGAAGGGGGCUUGGAUUUGGUCUGUCAUCAAAAUACUACAUAAAGGACUUAAUUUUUUUCUACUUGUCAUUUUGUCAUCACUUCCUGUUGGCCAAGGCAAUAGCUCAAGUAAAUGUUCAACAUUUUCCUUUAUAUUUUUUUUUUUUUUUUUGUAUGUAUUUUUGUGGAACAAAAGACUGCCAUGUUGUAACUCAUUUUUGUCAUAUUGUUGUAGCUAAAGAUAAAGGUUUGUUUUGCAAACUUGA